UGGGCCUAAUAACGCACGCGCUCGGGAAGGCGGCGGUCCGGUGACAUUCGUAGUUCGGGCGGAAAUCCCUGCGCGAUCGACCUCUCAUGGCGCAUGUCCCCAAAUCUCGACGACGCCUCCCCUCGAUUUCGCUUCCCUCGUCCAUCCUCAUCGUUUUCUCACAUUUCUCAGCUUCUGCUUCGGGACAACGGUGUCGCUGUGGCGACGUCUCUCGGCGGAGCCUGCUCAAAUUCGGUGCUCUAUUACUGCCCAAAUCAACUUGAAGUUCCUUUCAUCUCACGCUGCGCAGGUGUUUGUGAAAAGCUGAGAUUAUUAUCUGGAGAGGAUUCUUCCACGUUUCCUGUGCUCCUGGUUAGUCCACCAACCACUUCACAGAUACGCAACAAGGUGGUGCAGUUUCAACAAGCAGUGCUUUGAAGCCCAUGCAUGAAGGAUUUGAUGAACAAGGAGACCUACCAACAUAAUGACAUUAUCAGCAGGAAAAACCCUGUUGGUGCAAGAAGAAAGUCGGUAGUCUACAUCACGUCAUGAAGGAGAGCCACCAGACAUUGGGGCCACCCAUGUAUCUACCCUCACAAAACUGUGAGUGAUUCCUCAUCGGUAAAAAGUAUGUGCCAUCCAUAUUUUUAGACUUUGAACCAAGAAACAACAAAACAUAGUAUAUGUUUUCACCCAGAAAAUGAGAACUUUAGACUCCUUUGUUGUCCUCA